UUGCUUCACUUUUUCAGUGAAUCCACAGCAGGAGAACAAGAUGGCGGCGCUGCGAGUCUCGGUGCUGUCGGGCAGCGGGAGAGCCCUCCUCUGCGCCUCCAAACACGUCCAGACCCCCGCGGCCAAAAUGUCCUUCGCCAGUUUGCCUCGGAGCAAGAAGGUCGCCCUUACGACAAUGGGCGUGGUCACAGCCGGCGGGGCGGGUCUCGCCCUGAUGCUGCACCAGUCCGUCAAAGCCUCCGACCUGGAGCUCCACCCUCCUAAUUACCCCUGGAGCCACGCUGGACCUCUGUCCUCUCUGGACCACGCUAGCAUUCGUCGUGGUUACCAGGUGUAUAAACAAGUGUGUUCAGCCUGCCACAGUAUGGAGUACCUGGCUUUCAGAAACCUGGUGGGAGUGUCGCACACAGAGGCCGAGGUUAAGACCAUCGCUGAGGAGGCUGAGGUAGUGGACGGUCCUGAUGAGAGCGGAGAGAUGUUCACCCGGACAGGAAAGCCGUCGGACUACUUCCCAAAGCCCUACCCCAACCCCGAGGCCGCCCGCAACGCCAACGCGGGAGCCCUGCCUCCAGAUCUCAGCUACAUCGUCAAUGCCAGACACGGAGGAGAGGACUACGUGUUCAGCCUGCUGACAGGAUACUGCGAACCCCCGGCAGGAGUGGAGGUGAGAGAGGGACUCUACUACAACCCCUACUUCCCUGGACAGGCCAUCGGCAUGGCCCCGCCCAUCUACAACGAGGUGCUGGAGUAUGACGAUGGAACCCCUGCAACCAUGAGCCAGGUUGCUAAAGAUGUGUGUACGUUCUUGAGGUGGGCCGCAGAGCCAGAACACGACCAACGCAAACGCAUGGGACUGAAGCUGCUGAUUGGUGCCGGCAUCCUCGUCCCUCUGCUCUACUACAUGAAGAGACACAGGUGGUCUGUGCUGAAGAGCAGGAAGAUCGCCUACAGGCCUCCCAAGUAAACGGAAAACAAACUCACCCCUAACCUGGGCCUAAAACCUACCAGAGAGAGGGGCCGCGUUCAACGACCCCACGACGCUCGCCUCAUAACAAUCACAAGGACAAAAAACUGACAAACACACACAUAUGCCUUUCUAGGAUGUGGUAGAGAAAUGCGAAUAUAUAUAUAUAUGUUUAUUUCUAAAGGAAGAAGGCCUGUUUUUAGUUGUUGGAGUGGUAGAACCAAUCGUGUGCAUCUGGAACACUGCGGUUUGUGUCAGAGAGUUGUGGCGUUUUUGAACGCAUCCCCCCAUACAAAAGUUUGUUUGUUUUAUCAGGCAGCAGUUCAGGUCUGGACAUCCGGUAUCAGACCGGCCCGAUAAGUUGCUUGACUGCCCGUCUUUGUAAGAUACUAAAUAAUCACGCAGGCGCCGAGAAAUGGUUGCAUCAAAGUGUGUAACCGCUUGAGUAAAUCCAUCCUCCCCGUGUCCUCUCCACAAAGCCGCUCGGUGGAUGCAAUGCAACCUCUGAACCUCUGUUUUGCUGUACAAAAUAAAUUAUCUUAAAGGAAA